UUUUGGGAUGCCAACCGCAAUCUCAGCGAAGAAGAAGGCUAUGACCCGCACAGUUUUUUUUAGCACAUCUAAUUUUAAUUUACUUUUAUUUAAUAUGUAAACAAACUAACUAGAAAAUAUGCCCAAACUUACGUUCAUUGGAUUGUGCUUCUGCUUUCGUCUGGCGCAAAAGGUGGUUUCCGGAGAUUAUCUUUAUCAUGAAGUGGGAGGUGAGCUCGUGUUGAAACCAGAUAAGUCCACAGUGCCUGACCCCAUCACAAGCAUCCUAUGGAAGCAUGGGAAGAACAAGGUGGCAGAGUGGGACAAGGAUUUUGGUGGUCUGGAUAUCUAUGGUGCCUUCAAAAACCACACAACCCUGGACAAUACUACUGGAGAGCUGAGAAUCAGUGGAUUGAAGAAAACAGACAGUGGAGUUUAUUCUGUGGAGUUCAACAGCAAACUGCUUGACCAGACAUAUACACUGUCUGUUAUCAAGGCAGUCCCCAAACCCACCAUCACUUCUUCCUGUAACCCAGACAAAACCUCCUGCACUCUGACCUGUGAGGGCGACACCACUGAUGCUGAACCAGUCACCUACAGCUGGAAAGAGGGAGAGGGGGCGUGGGAGGUCAUAGGAAAACAGCUGGUUGUCUCUAAGAACUACACUGGUAAAUCAACCAACAGUUACAAGUACUUCUGCAAGAUGAAGAACUCCGUUAGUGGGGAAGUCAGUGAGGUGUUUGGUCCAGAGGCAGUUUCCAAACCCACAAUCACUUAUACCUGCAACUCCAACAAAACCUCCUGCAUUCUAACCUGUGAAGGCGACGCCACUGGUGCUGAACCCGUCACCUACAGCUGGAAAGUGGGGGAGGGGGCGUGGGAGGUCAUAGGAAAACAGCUGAUUGUCUCUAAGAGCGACACUGGCAAAUCAACCAACAGUUACAAGUACAUCUGCAAGCUGAAGAACUCUGUUAGUGGGGAAGUCAGUGAGCCAGUUGGAGAGGUGUUUGGUCCAGAGCCUUCUGAAAUUGGUGGUGGGGUUGUUGUUGGUGUUGUCGUUACCAUUGUAGCGCUUGUUGCCGUCAUAACAGUUUGGUUGGUGUGGAAGAAAAUGAAAGCUAAAGGCAGUGAAGGAGUCCAGACAGAAUGAGAGAUUAUGGUUCCGCUGAUGGUCAACCACAAAGCAGGGGAAGAGGACGCAGACAAGCCUGGAAAGGGGCAGGAGAAUGGAGGCGUGUAUGAAACUUAAGCGGAUAGUUUACCCGACAGUUACAGUGAACUCCAACCAUAUUUGUCUUGAUGAUUUGAUUCCUGUAACUGACUGAUUCUUAAAUGCUAAACGUCAAUGGUCACAGACCAUUGGCUACAGCUCAGCGUUCAACACAAUAUUGCCCACAAAGCUUAUCACUAAGUUAAGGACGCUGGGACUAAACACCUCCCUCUGCAACUGGACUUCCUGAUGGGCCGCCCCCCCAGGUGGUAAGA